AAGAUUCGUUUCAAUACAAAUACCCUUCACCCAUUGAUGUCUUUCACGUCAUCAAAUCUUUUUGGUUAACAUCCAAUUCUUUCUUCAAUCAUGGAUCUUCAAGCCAUGAAUCCAAAUUUAACUCAACCUGAUCGAAGAGUACUCGAGCUACUAUUAAAAGAUGUAGAAAAAAAGAACAUAGGCGACUCGUCCGACACUUCUGCCAGUCAAAUCGACGAACAAAUUUCCAUUCUUGAAGCACUCAACGACGAGAAUAACGAGAAAUUCCAACCUACAGUAUUUACAAGCUGGGACCAGGAAGACCUUGAACGCCUCCCCGACCCUUUAUACCAGUAUAUACUUAAGCCAUACAUACAAUGGGGGAAAGGAGUGGUACGUCGGCCUACAGACGUUGUCUUCCUCACACAUAUCAUCCUUUACCUCGCCACAUCGGUCCCGAGUGCUAUAAUUUUGUACAACCGAUUCUCUUUAAUACACGGAUUCUGCCAUUUGAUCAUGCAGGCUCUUUACUGCGGACCGUUCACACUUAUGCUUCACAACCAUAUUCAUAACAACGGAGUUUUAGUAAAGAAAUACGCAUGGCUCGACAAAACCUUCCCAUACCUUCUCGAGCCCCUCAUGGGCCACACAUUACAUUCAUACUAUUAUCACCAUAUCAAGUGUCAUCAUGUUGAGGGCAAUGGGCCGGAUGAUCUUUCUUCGACUCUGCGGUAUCAGCGGGAUGAUAUAGUUGAUUUCCUAAAGUACUGGGGUCGCUUUAUGUUCUUCAUCUGGCUUGAGCUCCCAUUGUACUUUUUUCGCACCAACAAGAUCAGAUUGGCAUGCGAGGUGCUCUUCUGGGAGGUCGGCUCAUAUGUAGGCAUGUAUGUGAUGGCUAGACUGAAUUUUUGGCCAACCCUUUUUGUAUUGUUGAUACCAUUCAUGCAAAUGCGAAUCGGUUUGAUGGUAGGAAACUGGGGCCAGCAUGCAUUGGUUGAUGAAAUUGAUCCAGAUUCGGAUUAUAGAUCUUCCAUUGUUCUGAUUGAUGUGGCGGUAAGGAAUCACCCUACAUCCAUGAAACUUUGAAGAUCCUCAACUAAUUUAUCGUCUUGGUACUUCUAGAGUAACCGAAACUGCUUCAACGACGGUUGGCAUACGGCUCAUCAUCUCAACCCACUUCGACAUUGGCGAGAUCAGCCACUUAGUUACCUCAAGGGAAAACAUAACUACGAUGCCGGCAAAGCUCUUGUUUUCCAAAAUAUCGAUUACAUUAUGAUGUUCGUUAAACUCAUGCAGAAGGAUUACGAGCACCUUGCUGGAUGUUUGGUUCCGACAGGGGAGAAUAUUGGGAAGAGUAAAAAGGAGCUGGCGGACAUGUUAAGGACAAAGACCCGUAAAUUUACUGAGGAGGAUAUUCAAAACAAGUUCAGAUGUAAAAAGGCUUCCUAGAGUUGCUGCCGUACAAAUGGCAUACUUUCGGAGAUAUUAUAGAUCACGGGGUGGUUGACCAAGCUAGCAGCUUGGAAAUUCGCGAAGUUCCCCCAAAGUUCUACAGCCAAAGUCAGAUGCAGGGAGAAAGGAAACGAGGAGUCGCAACAAAAAUUCCUUCUUACCCUAUUACAUUUUCAGCACACUCUCAGCACUUUAUAUAUGUACAGAUCAGAGCACAACAGCGCAUCAUGGUACAAUAUCACGAUGUUAUGAGCUCCAAUCUAUUGCCAAAGUUGGCAUUUCCGAUCUAACAUUUUAACAAUGGAGCCGAGUGUAUAUAUGAAGUAUAUAUAAAUAUUUGUGGAGUAUGUUAAAUACAUGAGAGGAAGUCAAAAGUCUAGAUGGUUAGCUACUCAUGCUUUAAUGAUAUAAUGUUGAAUUUAC